AUGCCACCUAAGACUAAAGAAAAAAGGGCGCAGAAGAAGAAAAAGAAUUCGGGUGCUGAUGUGGAGGCUGAGUCAAAGUACAGGCUGGCUGUGCUGGAAAAGGAGUUGCUUCAAGACCAUUUGGCUCUGCAGAGGGAUGAGACCCGCCGAGCCAAGGCCUCUGAAGACCAGCUUAAGCAGAGGCUGCAAGGGUUGGAGGCUGAACUGGAGGGGGCCCGCAGUGAAGGAAAGGCCAUAUAUGCAGAGAUGAGUCGGCAGCAGCGGGCCCUGCAGAAGCAGAUGGACACCCACAGCAGGCAGCUGGAGGAAGAAGUGAGGGGCCUUCAGGAACAGCUAGAGACAUGCAAGAGGGAGGCUGAGGCUGCCCGGGGAGUGGCUGAGCAAGCCCUUGCGGAGCGAGACCAGACUCUGUCUCAGCUUUGGGCCCACGUAGCAGACAUGGAGGCCAAGUAUGAGGAAAUCUUACACGGCAGUUUGGAUCGACUCUUGGCCAAGCUAAGAGCUGUCAAGCCUCAGUGGGAUGGGGCAGCACUGAAACUCCAUGCCAGGCACAAGGAACAGCUGCGCCAGUUUGGACUCAACCCCCUGGAUCUUUGA